UUUGUUCAAUAGAAAAAAAAAUCAUAAUUUAAAUAAAGAAAGAAAAAAGAAACUAAGGCAAUUAGUCUCGCACAAUUCUUUGAAAAAAAGGACUCUUCAAAAGAAUCCAACGUUUGAUGCUUUAGCUCAAAUGUGUUGCCAUUUAUUUGUCCCAUCUCUCUGAAGCUUCAAGUCUGCCUCAGCAAGAGUUUGCUGGCAAGUCAUGUUGAACUUUAGCAAAUGGCCUCUGCUCCUGUUGUUGAGCACAGAGGAACUUGCCACCAUCCAACAGGUCUGUGUCUUUGGAGAAUCUGCUAAUGAAGCUAUCUACAUCACAAACGACAACAAGGUAUUUGUGUUUGGCGAGAACUGCACUGGCUGCCUUGGAACAGAAGACGGUUUAAGCACCAUUGUGCCGAAACAACUCAGCUGCCUGGAGGGGAAAAAGGUGGUUAGCUUGAGUUAUGCCAGAGGCCCGGACUUCCUACUGGCAACAGAGGAUGGGAAGGUAUUUGCUUGUGGGUACAAUGCUUGCCGCCUACUGGGGGUCGUCACGAGGGGCAUCUGUGAGCUGUCCCAGUCGCUGGUCACUGUCAACAUUCCGAACAUGAAAGUCAAAGAAGUGGCGUGUGGUGCUUAUCACUCCAUGGUCCUCACGGAAGAUGGAGAGGUCUUUGCAUGGGGUUAUAAUAACCACGGCCAGGCGUCUUCACAUAUCGUGGUUAUCCAGCCAUUCCCCGUAAAGGUGGGCGGUUCGUUGCAGGGUGAAACGGUGAUCGGCAUCACGUGCGGACACUCCUUUUCCAUGGCUCUGCUGGAUAACGGAGAGAUUCACGGAUGGGGCGACAAUCACAACGGGCAGCUGGGUGUUGGUCACGACAACUAUGUGUCGAUGAUGCCUUGCCGCCUGUCUGCUCUGCAGGAGUCUUGUAUAAAGCAGGUCGUGUCAGGCUAUGGCCACUCCCUCGCUGUAACAGAUAAAGGACUGCUUUAUUCAUGGGGCACAAACACUUUUGGACAGCUGGGAAUUGGUGACAUGAACAAUUGUUUUAGCCCAGUGCAAGUUAUGGCUGAUGAAGAGAGGUUUGUCGAGGUGGCCGCGUGCCAUUUUACCCACACGUCGGCGGCCAAGACGCAGAGCGGCCAGGUGUAUAUGUGGGGUCAGUGUCGGGGUCGAGCCGUCGUCAUGCCGCGCCUCACCCACUUCACCAACACGGAUGACGUGUUUGCCUGUGUCGCGUCCCCCCCGGUCAUGUGGAGGCUGAUGUCAGUGGGUGAGCAAAACAUUUGAAUCUUCUCUUUCCGAUCG